CCCUCCCUCAUCAUUCCAGCUCGACGUCGACAAGCGCGUCGUUGACAUUCGCAUACAAUGUUCUUCUGUGCUAUCUCUGGAGAGCCCCCGCAGGACCCGGUCAUCUCCCAGAAGUCGGGUCAUGUAUACGAGAGACGGCUCAUUCAGAAGUACAUCACAGAGAAUGGCACGGACCCCAUCACGGGCGACAAACUGGACGAGAACGACCUGCUGUCGGUCAAAGCCAGCCCAAAUGCUGCUGCUCCACGCCCACCCGCGCACUCUUCCAUCCCGGCUCUUUUGGGCUCGCUCCAGACAGAGUGGGAUGCCCUCGUCCUCGAGACCUUCACGCUUAAGCAGCAGUACAACUCUGCCCGUCAGGAACUGAGCUACGCGCUUUACGCUCAGGAUGCCGCCAGUCGCGUCGUUGCACGUCUGACCAGGGAGCGUGACAUGGCCAGACAAGCGCUAGCCAGUGUUCAAGCUUCUAUGGGCGUUGCACCAUCAGCCUCUGAAGGAGAUGUGGAGAUGGCAGAAGAGGGUGCCUCGCAAGAGGGCAUCCUCCCUGCCUCCAUCGUUGCCCAAAUCGACGCUACACACACUGCCCUGACUUCCACCCGCAAAAAGCGCAAGAUGCCACCAGGCUUUGCUACCCCUGCCGACGUCAAAACUUACAAAUCGACGCACACCAUUCCCUCUCUCCAUUCCGCUUCUGCCGGCAUUACUUCCAUCGCUGUUUCUACUGCCAACCCUACCCAGUUCUUGACUGGUGGCAGUGACAACAUCGUUCAGCUCUACGACAGGAGCACCGACAAAGUCCUUGCCUCACUCAAGGGCCACACGAAGAAGGUCAACCGUGUCUGCAUUCGUGAAAGCGACGACCAACCUACCCUUCUGUUCUCUGCUGGCGCAGACAAAGUCGCGCGAGCAUGGUCCCACGACUCCGCUUCGGGCGAAUACAUCCCCAGAUCCACUAUCAAAACGCACAAGGGCGAGGUAACGGGUUUAGCGGUGCACCCUACGAAUACGCUCAUCGCGCUCGGUUCUUCCGAUAAGACGUACUCCCUUCACGACCUUUCCAAUUUCAGCCAGGUGUAUCACUCGCCUGUGCUCGACGAUCCCUUCUCCUCGCUGUCCAUACACCCGGACGGUGCGAUUAUGGGAUUGGGCACGCCCAAUUCGAGCAUCCACGUCUACGACAUUCGGUCUGGUGACAUCGCCGCGACGCUCACUCCCCCCGACGGUGCUCCCUUCGCCGUCAACACCCUCUGCUUCUCCGAGAACGGAUACCACCUCGCCGCGCCUACGUCCAGCUCCACCGUCGGUAUCUGGGAUCUCAGGAGACAGAAGAUCGGAUCCACCAUUAAUCUUGGGGAGGGCUUCAACAUCAACCAGGUCGUUUACGACUACAGCGCACAGAUUCUUGGUGUGGCGGGCAGCGAAGGUAUCAGGGUUUUCGCGCACAAGACGUGGGAGGAACUCGCCAGGUUUGAGGAGGGUGGGGAGGCGACGACGUUGGCGUUUGGAGCGGAGAGCAAGGAAAUUUGGGGAACUACUGGCAGGGAGGUCAGGAUUUGGGGGGCGCCGGCGUGAGAGGCUAGCCCAGUUAUGUUUCUUUCUCGACUCCCUGUAUGCUUGAACGAUGUCGUUCUUCCCUGCGUGCGGUACUGGACCAGAAAUUGUGGUCAUAUCGUAAAACAAGUUCGUGGCAUUGCCAGUC